UCCUUGUCAUGCUUCUUCCCCACUUCGACGGAAGUCCGAGCACUCAAAGCUGUGAUUUCCGAUCGCCUUCCCUCCACCACCCCUGCUCUGAAAGAUAGUAAAGAAACCCAGAAUCAAAAUGUCUCUAGGGUAUGCACAGAAGCUCUCAUUCAAAGAAGAUGUUGGCACUCUGGGAAUGUCUGAAAUUUUCGACCCACCUAAUGUUUUGCAGCAAAAGUUUUGUUUACCAGAUUAUUUUUGAAACUGGCAGAUAGAAGAACUUGCUUCGCUGAUAGAAGAGAGUAAGCAUCUAGUGGUAUUCACGGGUGCUGGAAUUUCAACAUCAUGCGGAAUACCUGAUUUUCGCGGUCCAAAAGGAGUUUGGACACUUCAGCGUGAAGGCAAAGGUGUGCCUGAAGCAUCGCUGCCAUUUCAUAGAGCAAUGCCAAGUUUAACGCAUGUGGCUUUGGUUGAACUAGAAAAGGCUGGAAUCUUGAAGUUUGUUAUCAGCCAGAAUGUUGACAGCAUUCACCUUCGUUCUGGAAUACCAAGGGAAAAACUUGCAGAAUUACAUGGUAACUCAUUCAUGGAAAUUUGCCCUUCUUGUGGAGCAGAGUAUCUGAGGGACUUUGAGGUGGAGACAAUUGGGAUGAAGGAAACACCAAGACGUUGUUCUGAUAUAAAAUGUGGAGCAAAACUUAGAGAUACCGUUCUUGAUUGGGAGGAUGCUCUGCCUCCAAAAGAGAUGAAUGCAGCUUCAAAACAUUGUCGAAUGGCUGAUGUUGUUCUCUGUCUUGGGACCAGUUUGCAAAUCACUCCGGCUUGCAAUCUUCCUUUGAAAUCUCUACGUGGAGGGGGAAAGAUUGUAAUUGUAAACCUUCAGCCUACUCCUAAAGACAAGAAAGCUUGGUUGGUGGUCCAUGGGAUGGUUGACCAGGUUAUGGCAGGGGUAAUGGAACGUCUUAAUUGUCAAAUUUCUCCAUAUGUUCGAAUUGAUCUUUUCCACGUCAUUUUCAAUCAAACCCACUGCAUUGGAGAGAGGAAAUACACUAAAUGGUCACUCAGGGUGAUUAGCGUACAUGGAGAAAAGGCUCCAUUGUCAUUCAUUAAAUCGGUUGAGGUUUUGUCCAAUUUUCUAUUGUUAAAAACUGUAUUUCCAAUUGCACCAUUGAGUCUGCUAUUGUUUAUUGUAUGCAUCAAAUGCUUCCCCAGUUUUUUCUUCUUACCGAACAAGGAGCCAUGGUUAUUAUUGAAACAAAUUUGUCCUUUUGUCCAUAUCCAGAUAUCAUUCCCUGACAGGCCAGAACUAAAAGUAGCUGUACUCCAGAAACAACCAUUUGUACUGAAAAGGGAAAUGCUUUUAAGACCACUUGACAUACUGUUGAAGAUCAACCUCAGUGAUGGCUGUGGGUGUCAGUUUGUCAACAUUGAUUUCCCGGUGAAUUUCGAGGAGUCCUCUGGUUGUGUCAAUUUAGACAAAGAUAAGGUGAUUCAGAAGCUUAAAGAUGUAACAGUCCAAGAUCAAUGUUGUGGUAAGUUUUCGGUGAUUGAGAGGAAGAACGUUCCAGGCCAGAAAAAGGAACUGUCCACCUAUGCUGUGGUAACGAACAUAGUUAAAUAUGGAGCCAUCGCACCGAUUGCAAAAUUGUCUGUAGUCAAUACAGUUGCCAAGAGAUCAAAAGAAAAAGUUGAUAUCAGGAGUGAUGACUGUUUGAUGGCGAGCUGUGAAGGUGAAGGGACCAUGAAGAAGUUGAGAGUUCAAUAACUCUGCUGUUAGGAUUUAUAUUUAGAACUGUCUAGUGUCUACAAGGAUGGAUGGUGGACUCUAUGGAUGUCUGGGAGUCUGCAUGGUGGAUGCAACAUGGAUGGACUCAAAUGUGAUGGUAGAGUUCAAGUGCAUCUAGGGUGCUGAAAGAAGGUCUCUUUAAAUGUGAAUAUCUAGCUAGAGGUUUGUCAUUCUUGGAAUCUUUGAAAUAUGUUUUCCUUUUACAAAUUUUGAGAUUUUAGAAUCUCAUGAAGCUCACUAAAACUCUUUGCAUUAUGUUUGUUCAGCAUCCUGAAGUUAGUCGGAUUAUAUGUUUGAUGCCGUUUCAACAUUUAUCGACUUAGUCUUAUAUAACCAUUCUAUAGAGAUGUAUCAUAAGAUAAUUUUGUUGGACCCUGAAAGUUCUAGUGUUAUGUUAUUCACAUUUUCGUUGCUUGUGUCA